AUGAAGAGGAAGUGCUGCAGGUGGGCUGCUUUUGUAGGCAGCGAUUCUUUUCCUGAAAGAAUUAGGACUGCAAGGUCGGUGAUAAUCGAGGGUUUUAAGAGCUAUCGAGAACAAAUUGCUACCGAGCCUUUCAGCUCGAAAGUUAAUUGUGUUGUUGGCGCUAAUGGAUCUGGGAAGACAAACUUUUUCCACGCCAUUCGUUUUUUGUUGAGUGAUCUCUUCCAAAACCUGCGCAAUGAUGACAGGCAUCAACUACUCCAUGAAGGUGCUGGACAUCAAGUUUUAUCAGCUUUCGUGGAGAUUGUAUUUGAUAAUUCUGACAAUCGCAUCCCGGUUGAUAAGGAGGAAGUGCGUCUCCGAAGAACAAUCAGUUUGAAAAAGGAUGAGUAUUUUUUGGAUGGAAAGCACAUUACGAAAACUGAAGUUUUGAAUUUACUGGAAAGUGCUGGGUUCUCUCGCUCUAAUCCAUAUUAUGUAGUGCAGCAAGGGAAGAUAGCAUCAUUGACGUUGAUGAAGGACUCUGAGCGUCUUGAUUUACUGAAAGAAAUCGGUGGCACUCGAGUUUAUGAAGAGAGACGGCGUGAAAGUUUGAAAAUUAUGCAGGAAACAGGCAAGGAAGGGAUAGUUGAGUUGGGUUUUGUUUACUUGGAUGAGAGGCUGAAGGAACUGGAUGAAGAGAAAGAGGAGCUGAGAAAAUAUCAGCAGCUUGACAAGCAGCGAAAAUCUCUAGAAUAUACUAUUUAUGAUAAGGAACUCCAUGAUGCUCGGCAGAAAUUAUUGGAGGUGGAAGAGGCUCGAAGCAAGGUUUCUGAAAAAUCAGCGAAGAUGUAUAAUGAGGUGUUGAAUGCCCAUGAAGAGUCCAAAGACUUGGAGAAGGUGCUCAAAGAUCUUACAAAAGAAGUUCAAGCACUGAACAAAGAGAAAGAGGCAGCAGAGAAACGACAAACAGAAGCAAUAAAGAAGCAGACAGAGCUUGAGCUUGAUGUGAAAGACAUGCAAGAGAGAUUUUCUGGAAAUAUCCAAGCCAAAGAAGAUGCUAUGAAGCAACUUGAUAUUCUACAGAAAGAAAUACAGGACUCUAUGAAGGAGCUCAACAAAAUUAGCCCCAUCUAUGAAGAAAACCUUUCAAAGGAAAAGGAUAUCACAAAGAGAAUAAUGGAGCGUGAAAAGCAGCUUAGUAUCCUUUAUCAAAAACAGGGUCGUGCUACCCAAUUUUCCAGCAAAACUGCUCGUGACAAAUGGCUUCAAAAGGAAAUUGAUGAUUUACAACGUGUUCUUUCUUCAAAUUUGGCCCAGGCAAGAGUUUACGAUUUAUUCUGCUUUGGUGCAAUCUAUGGGUUUUUUGUCUCUUGGCUAUGGCGUCUAGUUGAACUUCUUACCUCUGUUGCUGCAAGUCCAUGUGCCAUUCUUGAGCAAAAACUCCAGGAAGAAAUUUAUAGGCUGAAUGCAGACUUUAAAGAGCGAGAUGCCUACAUUGAGAGUCGCAAAGCUGAAAUUGCAACCUUAGACUCUCUCAUUUUCCAGUCAUGUGAAGGAUUCAAUAAUCAUAAAGCACAGAGAGACAAGCUGCAAGAUGAGCGGAAAUCAUUGUGGAAAAAGGAAAGUGAACUGACUGCUGAAAUUGAUAAGCUAAGAACAGAAGUUGAGAAGGCAGAGAAGAGCCUGGAUCAUGCAACUCCUGGUGAUGUGAGGAGAGGGCUCAAUUCUAUUCGGCGUAUAUGCAGAGAUUACAAAAUUAAUGGAGUUUUUGGUCCAAUAAUAGAGUUGCUUGAUUGUGAUGAGAAAUAUUUUACUGCUGUUGAAGUUACCGCUGGAAACAGCUUAUUUCAUGUGGUGGUUGAGGAUGAUAACAUAUCGACUCAGAUAAUUAGGCACCUUAAUGCAUUGAAAGGAGGUCGAGUCACUUUCAUUCCACUGAACAGGGUAAAAGCUCCCCGUGUAACUUAUCCACAGAGUUCUGAUGUGGUACCUUUGCUAAAGAAGUUGAAGUUCUCUCCAAAUUUUACCCCAGCAUUUGCUCAGGUAUUUGCUAGAACUGUGAUCUGUCGAGAUUUGGAUGUGGCCACGAGAGUUGCCCGAACUGAUGGUUUGGACUGCAUAACUGUGGAUGGUGAUCAAGUAAGCAAGAAAGGUGGUAUGACAGGGGGCUUUUAUGACCAUCGACGCUCAAAGUUGAAGUUUAUGAACAUGAUUAUGCAGAAUACAAAAUCUAUCAACAUUAAGGAAGAAGAACUUGAAAAAAGAAUAACUGAACGAGUCACCGAGCAGCAGAAAAUUGAUGCCAAGCGGGCUCAUGAUAAAUCAGAGUUGGAACAGCUUAAGCAGGACAUAGCUAAUGCUAAUAAGCAGAAACAAUUCAUUUCUAAGGCUCUUGAAAAUAAGGAAAAAUCACUGGCAGAUGUUCGGAAUCAAAUAGAUCAGCUUAAAGCCAGUAUGGCCAUGAAACAAGCUGAGAUGGGCACAGAGCUCAUUGAUCACUUAACACCAGAGGAAAAAUAUGAACUAUCCCAACUGAACCCUGAAAUAAAAGAGCUUAAAGAGAAGCUUAUUACCUGUAGAACAGAUCGCAUUGAGACUGAAACGAGAAAAGCAGAGCUAGAGACUAAUCUUACAACCAACCUGAAACGUCGGAAGCAAGAGUUGGAAGCCAUAAUAUCAUCUGCUGACUCUGACACCUUACAUGGUGAAGCUGAACUGAAGAGGCAGGAACUGAAUGAUGCUAAAUCAUUGGCCGAAGUCACGACAGAGGAACUCAACAGAGUUUCUGACAGUAUAGAUAGACUAAAGGAGGAACUAAAGGAGAAAAAAGAUAAAAAGACAGAAUUAAAGGUUUUGGAAGACAAAUAUGAAAAAACACUUCAAGAUGAAGCCAAAGAAUUGGAACAGCUAUUGAAAGAUGUUUUUGGUCUUGCCUUGGCAUGUACUCGGUAUAAGCGGAGGAGCGUGAAAGAGUUGCAUAAAAUGCUUCAUAGGUGCAAUGAGCAACUUCAGCAGUUCAGCCAUGUAAACAAGAAGGCACUAGAUCAAUAUGUAAAUUUCACCGAGCAACGGGAGGAACUCCAGAAAAGGCAAGCUGAACUUGAUGCAGGCGACGAGAAAAUCAGAGAACUUAUAUCUGUUUUAGAUCAGCGGAAGGACGAAUCGAUAGAACGUACUUUCAAAGGUGUUGCUCGACACUUCCGUGAAGUAUUCUCUGAACUUGUGCAAGGUGGUCAUGGCCAUCUGGUCAUGAUGAAGAAAAAGGAUGGUGAUCAUGGAGAUGAUGAUUACGAUGAUGAUGGACCUCGCGAGGUGGAUGUGGAGGGAAGGGUUGAGAAAUACAUUGGUGUGAAAGUGAAGGUUUCGUUUACAGGGCAAGGGGAAACACAAUCAAUGAAACAGUUAUCAGGGGGUCAGAAAACUGUUGUGGCCCUGACAUUGAUAUUUGCCAUACAACGAUGUGAUCCUGCUCCCUUUUAUCUUUUUGAUGAGAUAGACGCAGCUCUAGAUCCACAGUACAGGACUGCUGUUGGAAACAUGAUCCGUCGCCUGGCUGAUAUGGCAAAUACACAAUUUAUAACCACGACUUUCAGGCCAGAACUUGUGAAGGUUGCUGACAAGUUAUAUGGGGUGACACACAAGAACAGGGUGAGCCGUGUCAAUGUUAUCUCUAAGGAAGAUGCACUUGAUUUUAUUGAGCACGACCAAUCUCAUAAUGCAGAAUAA